GUGGCCCAAAGGGCCCCCACUCUUCCGUGCUCACUGAACGGCUUUCGAGUUAGGAUACGGCGUGUGAUAUGACCUCGCCAACAUGCCUACUGGUUCCAAGAAGCCGGGGAGGUUAGAUAAGUCGAGAAGAAAUCAUGUUGCUCAGGUCGACUCUUCCUCGACUUCGACCAAACCUACUACAAAAGACAUCGAGACGAAACCACCGCAAACCCCUAAUCCGAAGUCGAUGCCUGCCGUGAAGGGUUUGGCUAGGAACCGAUCAGAGAGUCGGCCAGCCAUUAAAGAAUCGUCUAAGUUUCAAUCCGGGACUACCCCAUCUCAGGCAACCAGAAGUCAUAGUGCAACAGCAACUACUCGAUCUUCAACUCCGGCAGCCGCAAAAGCGCCAAGUUCGACACAUAAUAGGAGUCGUCUCCAGAUCCCUAAGACUUGUACUAAGGAAGUUAUUCCUAAGACUAAGAACCCGUCUUCCGCACUGAGUACCUAUGAUCAGACUCCUCGUAGUGGCCGGCAGGACCCGUACCAUAUACCGUCCGACAGUGAGGAUGACGAUCUUCGAGGGAGAAAACUUACAUCAGUUGCCGAUGAAGGUAAAACAACCAAUCCUUCGAAACAGACGCGGGCGAACAGCGUACCUCUUCGAAUGAGACGUGGGACCUUAUUUUCAUCGGCACUAGUAGAAGCUGCUACCAAAUCGCCUACUCCCCUAGUACCCUCUCAGAAAACUAGUGUUAUAGGAGAAGGUCGUCACAUCCGGUCACGUACUCCGGCACCAAUCCCUCGAGGCGCUCAGAUCAUCUCGGUUGACUCCUCGAGCAACGAGCCGUCAGGUCAUCCUACACCCAAACACAAAUCAAAUGUUAGACACCCCAUACCACCACAGAUUGCAAGAAAUUCUACUAUGAUCACGGUAGAUGACUCCAGCGAUGAAAUCGAGCGUUCACCCGCAAAGUCACUUCGCCCUCGCUCAACCACAGCGGGCGGCUCAGCUCCUUCCCCGCACACUCCGUCUAGGACCCCUAAAAUCGCUGAGGUUAUUUCAUUAACUGGCUCUUCACCUCAAUCUCGCCGGGGGGAUUCAGAUCAAGUAUCAACUCCUGUGAAUCCAACCACUAAGGCGAUGGGGAAGCGCUCUUCCCAUUCAGUCAACAGCCAUCUAAAAUUUAUUGGCAAGCCUAAACGCACGACGCAGACGUUGGAGAAGACGAGCUCGACCAAAAACGGCCUGAGAGCCAGCAUCGGUAGUAGCCCGAAACAAAAUCCAGCGCAAAUUAGGUCGAAAAGAUCUGGGCAGGCGGGUAGACGCACUGUAGAUUCGGAGAACCCGAGCUCCCAUAGAGCGGCUAUCGAUGAUGUGAAGAAGAUUAUGAAAGUCAGGUUUGAGAAGAAAGCAAACGACAAAUCUAUCCCUGAAUCAUUCUUCAAGGAAGCUGAAUAUUCUGAUGACGAAUUUCAACCUUCAGUCGACGAGAAAUCAUCAAGUGAGGACCAAGACAGUGAUUUACCUUCGUUUCCAGGAUCGACAACCAUAACGUCGCCGCCACCUGUAGAAGAUUCAAAGUCGCCGCGACCAAAUCCCACCCGAACACUCCGUAGCACAUCUCAUUCUCAGCCGCAGGCUUCGUUCACGCCUAUCGACAGAUUAGUACCCAUGGCGCGGGAGCGAGGAUCAUCGCCCCAGUUACCAAUCAGGCCGCCCAAAUUCGGUCGGGGCUACUCUAAACGCGUGCGUGACGCCUUCUCCGAUGCAUCUAGUUCGCAAGCAUCCGAAGACGAGAUGAAUGAACAAGUAGAUUCAAAUACGACUAUACAGUCGAGCCAAGAUAGAAAAGCUGAUGGUGAAGAAUCCGUCGUAGCCCAACCAUCUGACUCCGCAAAGAAACCCCGGUGGAGUCCUCGCUCGUGGAUGGAAAGGUAUGAGACCGAGUUUAUGCCCGGCAGAGACGGUAGUGUCUGGCUCGCCAAUGGGCCGUUCAAGGGUUGGAUUUUGGAUGGUCCUGGAGCUGGAGGUUAUAUACCUGGAUGCAGAGAACCAGACGACGAGGCAGUCGCCGAGGCUGAGAAGACGGCUGAGCUUCGAUGGAAUUUGCGUUGGGCGGAUUCCGAAAAUGACUAUAUAUCCGACGAGGGGGACUCGGAUUAUGAAGAAGUUAGUACUGGACAAAUUACAUCCGACAUCCAUGAAGACGCAACAUCGACACAUGUUGAACAAUCCCCGGUUAAGGAUUCAAAGGGAAGAUGGCAUCAUGAAUCUUCGUCCUCAAACACAUCACAAAAUGUGACGGAAAAGGCGAGCCCGCGAGUUGUUCUUAACAACAAGGUCGUAGAACGGGCUGAGCGUACGGAGAGAACGAAACAGUACGUGCUUGCUGGCGGAUCUGGCAAUAGCGUCGACACCCAACCAAGAAACGAUCUUUCUAAACCGGUCAGCAGUAGAAUUCGAGGAAAAUUUCCCGCCUAUCUCGCACCCAGUACUGCCCCCCAAGAUGCCCCGUCCCCACCGUCUGCAGAGUCUGAGACGACUUCUACUCUUAUUACGCAACAGUUAAUCAACGAUUGCGCGCCACCAUCGAACCAGGAGUUGGCGAAGCUAAUCAGCUCAAGUCCUGCGAAUCGACGAGCCGAUAUUACACCCCCGUUAAAUAAAGUCGACGAGUUGGACGACUCUAGCAGUAGUGAAUCGAGUUCGGGAAUUCCUGCCCAUAUCUCACCCAAACCCCCCACGCGACCCUCGGAGGUACCGCCGACCCAGGGUGCGUAUUUUACUCCAGAGCACGUCGACGCUGCGCAUAUCUUAGGUGGGAUCGCUGGAAGACGAACGACUAGAUCAUUAACAAGCAUUUCACCGUCUACAGUGGAAUUAAAUAAAUUUACCCACGGUACUAAGCGAGUAAGCGCGCGUACCGGACCCGAAUCCUCAAGCCAGUCCAAGAAAGACUCUUCCAGGACUAAUAUCGUGGUUGAAGUACCGGGCUUGUCGACAGAGGAGCAGGACGAAUACGAAGUGGUCUCUUCUACCCCGGAGGUCCGAUCUACGCUAUCUCCAAAAAGCUUCAAGGAGAUUAACGAGGCCACUUCGAGAAUGGAUAUGGAGUCUAACGACCCGGAUGCGGAGCAAACCCUUGACUAUGUGCUACGUCAAUCCCCUAGAUGGCUGACCAGCGUCACGGAAGCCAGCGAAGCCGACAUAGUAACGAGUGUACCUAAGUCGUCGUUUAAAUCCAUAGCUACGCGGUCGGCACAAGAGUCUCUGAAGGACACAGAAAAGCCAACUUCUCCGGAUUUGGAUAUCAAUGUCCCUGACAAGUCGAGCCCAAUAUUUUCAAAUAUGGCCGUGCCCAAUCCCGUGUCUAACCUUUCCACGGCCUCUAAGAAGGAAGGGAACGGCGUUAGACGUGGCAAUGGUAGGAAGCGUCGAAAACGCAACGUUUCUGAUCUGGGCUCUCUUGUAGCCGAUGAAUCUCCCCCAAGAAAGAAACAGAAGAUGGACAAUAAUCAGAGCCGUGCCAAAAUGGCGUGCCCAAGUUACCGCCGGAGAAAGCGGCGUCAGAGGCGUCACAAACAGAAGCAGCAGAGACGCAACAGCGCACAGCAACAUGUUGAUCAUGUUGUUGGCAAUGGCGUUAGUAAAGAUAUCAAAGGGAACAGCCAGUCGACAAUAACACCUCCGGCUUCGUCGAGACCCACUAGUUCUGAGGCUGAGUAAGAUAGUAAGAGGGGGUUUUAAGUCAAGCAAGAUUGAGGUUGUCGCCACGGCAAAUCGAGGUUGGAAGAGAUGAGGUCGAUGUAUGGCUCCGUUGGCAAUUCUUGUAUGGACGUCCUAAUUGUUUAUAACGACCUGGCGAUCAUAGUGGCUGCUGCUGUAUGGUUCA